AUGGCCAUUCGAGCAGUGGGAAUUGACAUAAUCGGCCCCUUUCCAAAAGCUCCAGGAUAUUAUGCCUAUGUGGUGGUAGCAGUAGACUAUUUCACCAAAUGGGUCGAGACGAGCCCUGAGAAGCAUAACCGGAGUUGCUGUUCAAAAAUUCUUUUGGAAGAACGUGUUGUGUCGCUUCGGCCUGCCCGGGUGGUCAUCUCGGAUAAUGGCAGGCAGUUCGCAGACAAUCCUUUCAAGGCGUGGUGUGAAAACUUGGGGAUUAAGCAGCAUUUCACCUCGGUUGGACACCCACAAGCAAAUGGACAAGUCGAAAAUUUCAACCGAACUCUCCAUGGACUCAAGACUAGGCUCCACCGGGCUGGAUCGUCCUGGAUGGAAGAGCUCCCAGUGUGCUCUGGUCCUACCGAACUACGCCGAGGUCAACAACCCAAGAAACCCCGUUUUCCUUAA